AUGGUCUUGAAGGCUGGGAGGGCUUAUAUAUUUUGUACUUGUAGAAGUCUCUCUUAUAUCGAUGUAUACUACUCAAAGUUGACCGGAUCAUACCGUAAGGGUUUACUAUAUGCAAUGUUUGCGGAGAAGGGUGUUGCAGAGGCGAAUAGGUUUGACAGGGAUGCCAUUGAGACUGACGUUUUGGAGAUUUGGAAGUCUCUCUUUGACGUAGAAGCUAAGGAAGCAACACCGACUCUCCAAGCCAUCAAGAAUGGGAUUCUUAGUGACUUGUUUCAGCCUAUAGAUGACAAAUUAGCAGCAGAACCACAACAAGAUUAG